UAUAACGAUAUUAUCUGUGGAUCACGUUCAACUGAUAAGCAUAUAUACGUACUCCACGAAUACAUAGACGAACAUCGGAAUCUAUCGAAAACAUGAUGAACUUUAUAUUAAUCAGUGUUCUUAUUCUUCCACUUGUUUAUUGUGUUGAUCCUUUACCGUCUAUAUCCGUAGUGUCUGGUUGCAGUAAGGAUGGUAAAUUAUACAAAGAAGGCGAAUCUUUCCAACCAACCCCGUGUGAGCAUUGCUUUUGUAAUGGAGGCAGAGUAUUAUGUGCAAUAACAGACUGUGCUAUGCCAUCGUGCGUAGACGCUGUGCGUGAUCCUACAAAGUGUUGUUCCGUUUGUCCAAAUGGUAGAAAUUGCUAUGCAGGAAACACAAUUAUUCAGGCAGGAAAAUCUGUAAAAAUAGAUGACCACACGACAUGUCACUGCCCAACCAGAUUUGGAUUUGGAAUGACCGCACAGAGAGCCGUAUGUGCAACCAGGGUCGAUAGUGUAACUGUUAAAAGUGUAAACUGAUUAAAAUAGCUGUGAUUUAUCAA